AUGCCCUCACAAUGUUUUAAAGGACACUACUUGAAUACGAAAUAUUAUGAUCAGUGGUGGAAACCGGUUGUUGCAGAAUUUGCGAUUUCGACGCGCCUUGUCCAUUGUAGGCCUGGACAAAAAUGUGUGCCUAGUCUCUGCGAAAACAGGCAUCCUCUUUAUAUGCAAAUAUCAUCCGCAUCAUCCGCAUGGACAU